AUGAUUGCCGCUCGCAGCGGUCCGGUCGCCUCGUCUCCAUUGCUUCCUACACAAGAUGCAUUCUACACUCCUCCUAUUGGCUUUGAGUCUUCUGUACCGGGGACCAUUUUACGUCUACGCGCGGCAACGGGCAAUCUGACCUCCAUCUACAAUGCCAGUUCAUCAGUUUACAAUAUCCUCUAUCGCACCACCGAUGCACAAUAUCAACCAGCAUGGGCAGUGACAACCUUGUUCGUGCCUUCCAAUUCCUCCAACAGCUCUGGCGCCAGCGGCCUCUUGUCUUACCAAAUUCCCUACAACACCGCGGAUGUUGACUAUAGUCCUAGCUAUGUGCUUGGGUCUGGGUUAGCCACGGGUCUAAUUCUCUCGGAUAUCAACUCCGCACUCAACCAUGGCUGGUUCGUCAAUGUACCUGAUUUCGAAGGACCUUCGGCUUCGUUUGGAUCGGGAGUCUCAGAGGGCCAUGCCACGCUGGACUCAGUCCGAGCCGCCUUGUCUGCAGGAUUUGGUCUCUCCCCCAAUGCACGAUAUGCGAUGUGGGGUUACUCGGGAGGAUCAAUUGCAAGUGAAUGGGCUGCAGAACUUCAAGUCCAAUAUGCUCCAGAACUCAACUUCAGUGGAGUCGCACUUGGUGGUCUGGUGCCGAAUGGCACAAGCAUUCUACACACCAUCGAUGGAACGCCAGCAGCGGGAUUGAUCCCUUCGUUCAUCAUCGGCGUGAUGAAGCAGUAUCCUGAGGCAUACCAGUACUUGCUCAGCAGCCUUAAAACCUCGGGGCCUUACAACGCAACUGGGUUUUUGGCAGUUCAAAACAUGUCGUAUUUCGAGGCGACAGUUGCCUUCAUGAAUGAGAGUAUCCUUAAUCAAUACUUCGUCAACGGCACUUCUUUUCUCCAGCAGCCUAUCAUUCAGAGAGUCUUCGAUGUCGACGGGCUGAUGGGCUACCACGGCGUGCCGCAGAUGCCAAUGUUCAUCUACAAGGCAACGCACGACGAGUACAGUCAUGUUGGCGAUACAGACACUCUCGUGGCAAGAUACUGCGAGGGUGGCGCGAAUAUCUUGUACCAGAGGAACCUGGUAGGGAACCAUCUCGACGAGGAGACAAAUGGAGAUGCACGGGCACUUGACUGGUUGAAAGCAGCUUUGGAUGGGACGCUCAUGAUGCCGCGAGGAUGCACGGUUCAGAAUGUAACAACCGACAACAGCUCGCACGCGCCGUUUUUCCUUCCACCCUGA